AUGGUGAGACGGACAGCAGGAACGAGCAGAGAUACUGCGCAGCAGCGUCAAGGAGGCCGGCGUGGCAGCGGGGGAAGAGAAACAAGAACGUCGUCGAGUGAGAGACCCACCUUACGCUGUCCCGAGUGCCUGAAUGUUUUUUUAACAUGGUCAAGGCUUACAGUACACCUGAAUGCAUCCGCGCAUUUUUCUGCGAGGCGCGUGUCGUGCGAUGAACAACUACGGUGCUACGGACCCACACAUCCGCAUCGUCAUGAAGCUGCAACGGGGCAUUCUGGUUUUUUUGGUAUUUUUUACAUACGUGGUGACUACAGGUUAGAUCACCCUCCAGUGCUUUCUCACCCGCAGUAUCGUUGUGUAUGUCGCGUAACCUUUAUGUCCUCCUUGCAGAUUGCACUUCAUUUACGUGCGGAUCACGGCGUGACUGAGAUUCCCGACGAGGCAGUAUGUCUUACGUGCAACAUUCGAGGAACCCUUGCUGAUUUGGCUAAACAUAGGCUGGAGCGAUUAAUGAUUAAAGAAGAUGACGUGUUUGAAGUUCCCGGGUUUUCCCCCGCCCCGUAUCUUGUGCGCUGGCCAAGACUUCCACCGUGGCCUUUGCAGGUAAGACCUUAUGCAGUUCUCUACCAGUGUCCUAUCUGCAUCAAGGUUUUUUCCUCAUGGGCCGCCAUGGAGAAUCACAUCACGUCGAAUGGUAUUUGCCAAUGCAUGUUAAAUCCGGUCGGUGUCCAUCCUGGAAAUAGGCCGCGUGGCGCUGAAGGCCAAUCUUUCUUACCAGAGGAGUUUGAAGUUCUCUUGGACACGAGUGAGCCUGAAAUGUUGUCACUUAUCCAAGGUUAUUCACCGGAAUCCGGUGGUCCUGCCCAAGAGGAUGGUCUUCUGCUAGCAUUUCAAUGUCCAGAGGAAACCUGUUCCCGCCUUUUUUUAACGCACGGCGAACUUCUGGAGCAUAUGGAACAAGAGACUCACUUUCCCAUUGAACAAGAAGAGCAGGCAGAGGGGGCGGCUCGAAAUCGACAGUCAUGGAAGUGGAAUAUCUCCGCCUAUGAGGUGAUGUGUUCGGCGAGGCGUCUAGUUGAGGAUUUUGGCUUUUCCAGCUGCCCAGUCUGCCGUCGGGUGCUAGCGCGUGGUACGGAAGUGUAUCACCAACAGUUGUUUCACCCAACGGCGCAGCCUUCUUUGCCCCCUCCUUCCACCACCACGGAUCCUACUAACACUAUGACGACAACGACGACCACUUACGGUGCCACAGAGACGAACCCUUGA